CAACGUAUCAGCGAUGGCUUGGACAGACAAUUACAAUAUGAAUGGUCUCGUGCGUAGUCAAUACGGACUUGGGUAACUAGUGAGACCUCGCAUUCGUGCAUCACCCACGCUCCGUUGUCCCGAUCCUCUGCGCCGUCUGAGCCCCAUUUGGGCCCUGGUCUCAUACGAUUGCGUUAAAGUCGCGAUGGCGAACACGUCUGAUUAUCAGCGGUUUUUUAUGGCUGGCAAUGAGCAGAACGAUACACAAGAACCACCCUCGUUCACCAAACCCAUCGACUACCAAUAUUACGAAGCCUCCAACAUUGAAGCGCCCUACAACGGCUCGAUCGACCCUCGUUGCGUUCUAGUCAAGGGACCUUGCUACCGACACCCAGGACAACUUGAGCUGGCACACCUACAAUCCGGCGCGCUGCCAUCCCACAACGUCAGCUACGGCAAUGCGUCUGAGAUGAUGGCUGACUCAAUGCAGCCUGGAUAUAUCACAAGCGGGCCAUGGGUGUCCGGCAGCAUUGCGCAACCUUUCCUGGCUGUUCCGGCACCCCAAGCAGUCGGCACUGGCAUGAACGACAUUGUGUACCUAGCCCAGCCCUUGGGGCACGAGGACUGUGUUGUCGACCUAAACGCCCUGGGCUCACCAUUCGACCCGACUAUUCCAACCAGAGAAAACUCGGGCCAGAGUUACUCGACGGGCUUCACUGGCAGCAACCCACCGACCCCCGGAUUCAUCCCGCCGCAUGGGCCUCCCUCCCCAAUCACCCAAUGGCCCAUGACGUCGUUAGCCCAGUCAGGCGACAACUACUUCUUCCAGUCAGGUGGUGGUCAAUACCGCGCUGCAGGGUUUGGGGGGGUGUAUGGGCAGUUCCUCUGAUGAUCUGGCCUGGUCUGAGGCAACAGCGUGCCUCUUGUGGUUCGGAGCUUCUGGGGGUUUGAUAGCAGGUCAGGCAUCACGGACUUAAAGUCAAACUCGGUGGGGGAAAGAAACAAAUGGGAUAGCUUGGAUGGGAUGGGGAUUUAUACUGAUUGGCGCUGGGGUGGAAAAGGAG